AUGUCGCCAUACCUCGGGCGCAUAAUCCCACGAGGGCGCCUACCAUACCACCGAGCGCCUUUACAAAUAUCCCGCCUUCGCAAACCGUGCCUGCGAACCACAACCGCGAUUUUCUCUUCCCGUCCGGAGAUACUAGCCCGCACCCAGCUACGCAGCUUUUCCACGAGUAUUCCGCUACGCGCAAGCCCGGCUCUUGAACCAACAAUUGAAGAAGCUGUCCUCCCCGUGUGUUGUCCCGGAUGCGGUGCGUAUGCGCAGACUGUCGAGCCGAACGAGCCUGGGUUUUAUGGGAAGACCAGGAAACAGACGCGGAAGCUCCUGUCGGAGACGAAGCAGGUUGUUGAGGGUGGUCAGGGUGAGGAGAAUGGGAAAGAAGUGUCCGGGUUGAAGGCUGAGGGGGAGAAGGCGGCGGAUCGGAUUCAGAAAUAUCUGGAGCUUACGGAUGUUGGGGGGAGUGUGCCGAGGCCGAAGUUUGGUGCGUCUCUGGUGAAAGCGGCAGAUACUGCUGGCAAGUAUCUGGAGAAGUCGAAAGCCCCAGUACAGAUCUGCGAUCGAUGCCAUGAUCUGCUGCAUCAUAACAAGGCCGUUCCUGCUAUUUCGCCGACUAUGGAAUCCCUUCGCGCGUAUCUGGAUGAGUCGCCUCAUAAACAUAAUCGGAUUUAUCAUGUUGUUGAUGCGGCGGAUUUCCCCAUGUCUGUUGUGAAGGAGAUCUACGAUACGCUGGGGAUUAUGGAUCCGCGGUCGAAGAAUCGGCGCUCUGCGACUUAUAAGUAUAAGAGCGGGAAGAAGCUGCCGACUAUCAGUUUUGUUAUUAAUAGGUCGGAUCUGUUGGCCGCUACGAAGGAACAGGUUGAUUCGAAGAUGGAGUAUGUACGGUCUGUGCUUCGUGAUACGUUUGGUCUCUCGCAUGAGGAAUUUCGCUUGGGGAAUGUGCAUAUGAUUAGUGCUCAGCGGGGAUGGUGGACGAAGAAAGUUAAGGAGGAGAUUAGGGAGCAUGGGGGAGGGAUUUGGGUGAUUGGGAAGGCCAACGUUGGUAAAAGCAGUUUUAUUGAGGCAUGCUUUCCCAAGGAUUCGAGGAAUCUCGAGAAGAUUGCGGAAUUGAUUGAGCUUCGUGAGGAGGAGUCCAAAAUCGCUACCCACUAUGACCCUUCUGCUAUUGAUUCAGAGGGACUUCUACCCCCUGCGCCUCGAGAGGAUCUCUAUCCUAUUCUCCCUGUGGUCUCUUCUCUAGCCGGCACGACAGUAUCACCUAUUCGUAUCCCAUUUGGCCGUGGAAGGGGCGAGAUGAUUGAUCUGCCGGGUCUCGAGCGUGGCGAGCUGGCCGACCAUGUCCGUGAUGAGUUCAAACGCGAUUUGAUCAUGACCAAGAGGAAGAAGCCUGAACGCCUCUCGAUCAAGCCUGGCCAAUCACUUCUUCUCGGAGGAGGUCUCGUCAGAAUUACGCCGAUGAACCCUGAGGAUGUCGUGAUGGCAGCUUGCUUCGUCCCGCUUGAAUCGCAUCUCACCAGAACCGAAAAGGCUAUUGAAAUGCAAACGGAGCAGCGCCCUUACCCCAAGACCAAUAUUGCCAGAGAAGGUACCGGUCAGGUCAUCUCGUCUGCAGGUGUUUUCGACCUGAAAUGGGACGUGACUCGUUCGCACCUCCCCAGGUCUAUCGCCAAGGCGGUUGAAGAUGGGCAUAUGAAGAUGCCGUCUCUACCAUACAAAGUUAUGUCGACCGAUAUUUUGAUUGAAGGAUGCGGCUGGGUUGAGCUUACAGUUCAAGUUCGAGCCAAGUCCGCAAAGGAGUCUGAGUCUGAGAAUGAGACGUCAAAGUCGUUCCCUCAAGUGGAAGUAUUCACUCCGCACGGCCGCCAUGUUGGGUCUCGUGCUCCGAUAGAAUGCUGGAAGUUCAUAGAAGCGAAGAAGGUCGCUGACAACCGCGCGAAGGGACCUCGGGGACGGCAGAACAUUGGACUGGAGAAGCGAGCUCGGCACAGCUGA